AUGGUGCAGCCUCAACAGCGUGUGAGCCUGCGCGGCCGUGCUCCUUGCUUACACGCCGACUACCUAGUCCUGGGGACGGCCAGUCGCUUCUCGGCGCGCGCAGCCCGUGCCCACAACAAAGAUGGCGGCCCCGGCGCCACUCCCACCUUUAGCAGAGACGUCCUCCUCCGCCCUCCUAGGUGGUUCCCGCUUGACUGGCUUGCCCUCGACAAAGAUGGCGCCUGCCCGGCCUGUGACUCACUCGCAGUCACCGUAGCUCUCCUCGUCAGUGAAAACAUGGAAGGAAUUGAUACAUCAUUAAACCACCUGUCUGAAGAAAACAGCAUAGUGGACCUACCAUCCGCGUAUGACCUCGCUGACAAUUUUCUGCCACAACACAGUGCUGAGUCCAGUGAUGAGCCUUUUAGUUCUGCGCACACUUUUGCAUCAUCAACAGGUGAUAACAGCCAAGAUCCUGAAGAUGGUACUUCUUCAGUUACUAUGGGCUUCUGCACCAGGUUCAGCGAGAAGGCAAAUCCCAGGCACCAUUCAGAUACAGAGUUUCAGCCCUCCCAGCCUACUGACAUUCUGUCAUCUUGGACGUCUGAACAUGAAGGCACUAAUGAAGGAGCUAGCAUUAAAAAUUCUCUAAAGAACUUCUAUGAAAAAUGCUGCCAGAUGCAGCCUGGCCGAGGGGAUCCAACAUACAAGGCAGCUUCACGGUGUCUGUCCCAGAAAAUUUCAGAGUUGGCCAACAAGGAUGGGACAAAAUAUGCCUUGCGCAGUCUCCAGAUAGCUCAAAUGGUCUUGAACAGAGAUGACAUCAAGGUCUUUCCAAAUCAUUCCCGUAAUGCGUGUUUCUCAGCACCUGCUGAUGGGGAAGCCACACUGAACAAGGGAAAGCAAAUUCCUGGGCUCUCGGACGAUGUCCUCCAAUUCCUCUUAAAACAGGAUGUGAUGAAAUGCAGCUCCUGAUGUAUUUGGUUUGGAGCAUAUGAGCAAUUAGCAUGGCUUAGCAUGCCAGAAGAGGGCUGAUCUGCAUAGAGAAGGGAUCCGUCUCAGGAAGACAUAAAUUAUUUCUGGCUGGACAUAAGGAAGAACUUCUUUACUGUCUGGGCCCCCAAGGUUUGGA